GUAGCUGAAGGCCACGCCUCUACGCUAUGGCCGUUCAGGGAAAGAAAAAAAAACCUUGACAGUUGUACUAAGAUUUGAUUGGUCGUCGUCAUCAAUGCUUUAACGUGAUUGGCUAAUAUCUAGACUCGCUCCUCGCCGGGUGAGCCCUCUCUCUCGCAGGCACGCUGGUGUCUAAAUGUUCACUGAGCGUCGUUUUUGUUUACCUACAACAUGGCUCUUGUUCCGUACGAGGAAAACCCCCUCCCGGCGCUUUCCAAACUCCACAAUUCAACUGCGCAGUUCCGCUUCGCCGACCGUGACUUGAGUCUUUCCCAGGACUGGAGGAAGCUCGGGGUUGCGGCAGUCGUGUGGGACGCGGCAGUUGUCAUGUGCAUGUAUCUGGAACUCGGAAAAGUGGAGCUGAAGGGGAAGCGGGUCAUUGAGUUGGGGGCUGGUACUGGACUGGUGGGCAUCGUUACUGCUCUGCUGGGUGCUCAGGUGACCAUUACUGACAGAGCGCCCGCCCUGGACUUCCUGUCAGCCAACGUAAAGGCUAACCUACCACCGGAUUCUCAGGACUCAGCAGUGGUUUCAGAGCUCACCUGGGGUGAGGGACUCGAACAUUACCCAGCCGGGGGCUUCGACCUGAUACUGGGAGCAGAUAUCGUCUACCUGGAGGACACUUUUGCGUCACUACUGCGAACUCUGUUACACUUGUGUCAUGACUCAACGGUUGUGUUGCUGUCCUGUAAGAUCCGCUACGAGCGAGACACGCGUUUUCUACGUAUGCUCGAGGAGGUCUUUGUGGUUGAGGAGGUUCAUUUCAAUCAAGAAAGAGACAUCCACGUUUACAAAGCCUCCAAACGGCAACUCAAGGGCGAAUUAUGACCCUUAUAUUCUUAUGUUGAAACAAGUUUUUUUUAUUAAAUGCAACCCUCAUACAAACCAA